AUGGCUACGGCGGCGGCAGAGCGGACGGCGGUGUUCAUGAAGGUGGGAGAUCUUAGGCCCGGGACGUCGACCGGCCACACGCUUCUCGCUAAGGUGCUAAGCUCCAAGAUCAAGACCGAGACCAAGACCGUGGUGACCCGCUUUGGCCCAGCGGCGAGGCCCACGAGGAUCGCCGAGUGCCUCGUCGGCGAUGAGACGGGAUGCAUCCUCUUUACCGCCUGCAACGACCAGGUUGACAUGCUGAAGCCCGGCAACACCGUUAUUCUUUGGGAUGCAAAGCUUGGCAUGCCCAAGGGGAUAAUGAAGCUAGCUGUUGACAAACGGGGGGUUGUUGAAGUCACUGAACCGACAAGCUUCGAUGUGAAGGAGGACAACAAUUUCUCACUUGUGGAGUACGUGUAAGAGUGGACUUAUUUCGCUCUUAAUCAGAACAAGUGCUUUCCCAACCUGCUGAUCAAACUAUACUUGCUUUUUUUUAACAUCUCAACACCCCUUUAUUAGAUACUCCCAAUGUAACAUACCACUUUUCAAACCCUAGCCUGGUUGUUGUUACCGUUUAGGCUAGGACUUUUUUCACAUGGAAUAAAAUAAAUGUUUGCACAAUUUAUUUUGUCUUUAGCAUUUUUAUCUCUUGGGUCAAGUCCAUUGAAAGCGCACUAGUACUUGAGCUAGGAGUUACUUGGACUCGUCUCCAUCUUCUACUCGAAAUCAAGCCCACUCAUCACCAUUUUCCUCUAAAUCGGUGAUCCAAACUCACUAUGAAUUUCAUCCAGACAUCUUUACCUCUGCUCCAACACGUUUACUUGGCUCUGGAAGGUUCUUUGGGCGACCAAAUAAAACCAACUUGUGUCAAACUUGGAUUCCAGCGUUGGCUUUGAAUACAAGAAAAGAAAGAAACACAAUC